AUGCCUUAUAGUCAGAAGACCCAACAGGGAAAGUGUGAGGGGAUUCCUCAUGCCCAAAGAGGGAUGCUACAACUGAUGGGUGAGCUGGUCCCUGUGUCUCAGGUGGAGGAGGCAACUGCCACAGCCUCAGCCUCCUCCAUUCCUCUCAUCCCAGCUACCUCAGAGGAGGUGAAUGAGGGUAGGAAACUACAUGAUUCACAAAGUUCUCUGAGUGCCUCCUCUCACUGCCUUAAUUUGGUGUCCACUCCACAGAGCAAAUUGAAUCAAGGCUCUAGUAGCCAAGGAUCAGAAGAUCUAUUGUCCCAGGGCAAUGUCUUCGGCCCUGUGUCUUCGCUGCAACAUGCAGCAUCUUUAGUGCCCUUCUUGCUUUUCAAGUAUCAGAUGAAGGAGCCCACCACCAAGGCAGAAAUGUUGAAUCAUGUGAUCAGAAGUCAUCACGAGUACUUCCCUGUGAUCCUCAACAAUGCUUCUGAGAGAAUGCAGCUGGUCUUUGGCAUUGAGGUGAAGGAAGUGGAUCCCACCCACCAUGCCUACAUCCUUGUCACUUCCUUAGGGCUUACAUAUGAUAGGAUAAUUAGUGAUGUCCAGGGCAUGCCUAAAACGGGCCUCCUGAUAAUGAUCCUGGGUGUCAUUUUCAUAGAGGGCAAUUGUGCCCCUGAAGAGGUGGUCUGGGAAUCUUUGAGUGUGAUAGGGGUGAGUCCCGGGUUAUUGCACUACUUCUAUGGUAAUCCCAGGAAGUUAAUCACUGAAGAUUUUGUGCGGGAACAGUACCUGGAGUACUGGAAGGUGCCCAACACUGUUCUUGCUCGCUAUGAGUUCCUGUGGGGCCCAAGGGCCCAUGCAGAAACCAGCAGGGUGCAAGUCCUAAAACACUGGGCCAAGUUCAGUGGGUGUGAUCCAAAGUCCCUCUCAGACUUGUAUGAAAAAGCUUUGAGAGAUGAGAAGGAGGGCAUCCAGGCUUAA